AGUACGCAGCCAAAAUGUCAGUGACAGAAUAGCAACUUCCGCUUGUUGACAUUCAGCCUGUCUCCUUCUUUUUGUCCCUAUCCGAUUGCGGAGAGUGCACACAUUUUGUGCCAGGUUUUUAAAACUGCAAAAGAUCGGAUAAUUUACCACUAAAAUGGCCAAGCGUACCAGGAAGGUUGGAAUCGUCGGUAAAUACGGUACCCGAUAUGGUGCUUCGCUGCGUAAGAUGGUGAAGAAGAUGGAAAUCACCCAGCACGCCAAGUACACCUGCACGUUCUGUGGCAAGGAUGCCAUGAAGCGUACCUGCGUAGGCAUCUGGUCCUGCAAGCGAUGCAAUCGUGUCGUUGCCGGCGGUGCCUGGGUGUACUCGACCACGGCCGCCGCUUCGGUGCGAUCAGCUGUCCGACGUCUGCGUGAAAUGUAAAAAGCCUUGACACAGAAUCCGAGAUAGCGAAAUGAUGCUUGUCGGGACUGGGCGCAGCGGUGGUGAUGGGGCUAUAAAACGUGGGAAGUGGGUGUGUAUGGUGUAUGUUCCAUCAUACGUUUGUUAUUUUGGAAAUCCACCAUCGUCUGCACCACCUCCGUGAAAUGGUUUUCUGUUAUCCGCAAGCUUGCCGCGAGAAUCAGAUCGUCUUGUGUUAAUAAAAGCGGUGUGGUUCUGUAAAGAACGAACGGUAUGGAUGGAAACGGUUCGGAAGGAAACAAUG